AUGGCCUUUGAUAGAAGUCGGAAAACCUACAUGCUAGCUAGAACAUACCACCGCCUCAUCACGUCCAUCGAAACUGCGUGUGUAGCUUGCCAGUCCUUUCUUCAUAGGGAGAAGGAGAGACAAACCACGGCCGCCCCGAACCUUGGCGAGAAGAUGUCUUCUAUGCGAACUACAGACGUGAUGUCGCUUGUUAUGCUUGAGACUGGCGAUGAAGGCCCUUCCGCUGCUCUGGAACCUCGGGUCUCAAUGUGGGGCCUUGGCCGGCCCGAGCCUAUCCUACUAGUCAUCUUUAACGGACAUCUUCUGUAG